AUGGUCACGCUCAUCGGCUUGGCCGUGAACGUGAUGUUGGAUUGCAUGUUAUGCCCUCGCUAUGGCUCCGCGGGCGUCGCCCUCGCCUCGGUGACGGCCUCCGCGCUGGGCUACGCGUACCUGAUCAAUACUUUGGUUAAGCGCGGAUUCUGGCCAUGGCCUGUUUCAUGGCCCAGGGGCUACCAUGACAUCUCGCCGUUCCUGGGCUUCGCCGGGCCCGUGCUCCUCGCGGUCUUCCUGAAGAUCCUGACCUUCGGGCAGAUGACCCGCGCAGCGUGCGGGCUCGGAACCUCGGCCGCCGCU